AUGUUGCCCAUCUCUGAUGUAGAUCCUAGCAAUCUGCAUGAGCUUUAUUCAAUAAACCGGGAUGAAAAGCUAACAAGAGUGUCAGUGUGCUGUCACACCUGGGUAUUGAAUUUAAUUUACUUUCUCUUUAGGAUUCUCUCUUUUGUGACAAUUAAACAUCAAGAAAGAGGUACUUCCGGUCAAUUCUCCCUCUUAUAUUUCUUCUACAUUUUGGGGUUCUUUGCUUUGUCCGUAAUUUUUCAUCUACCUGGGAAGAUCUCUCACUACUACCCAUCCACCAAAAAGACAAUUAAUUCCUUGAUAGAACAAAUUCUAUUCCAAAACAUUAUCCCUAAUUCUAGUUUGUCCUCUGAGGCUAUUGAGGCUGGAAUAUGGACGGUGAACUCCCAAGGGCGUCUCGGGAACCAGAUGGGGCAAUAUGCCACCCUUUAUGCCUUAGCCAAGCUCAAUGGAUAUCAAGCCUGCAUCCGUCUAGAAAUGCAUUCGGCUUUAUCACCAGUCUUCAAGAUCACUUUGCCUGUAAUCUCUGCUAAGGUGUUUAGGAAGAUCCAAUGGAGGAAUGUUCACUUGCAUGAUUGGAUGUCAGAAGACUAUCGUCACAUCCAAGGGAAAUACGUCCAAUUGACGGGCUACCCUUGUUCUUACACCUUUUAUCACCACAUCCGCCAGGAAAUACUAAAGCAAUUCACUUUCCAUGACCACAUCAAGGAGGAGGCCAACCACUACCUGCAACUCUUGCGGGGAGAACGCCAGAAUGUGACUUAUGUUGGAGUGCAUGUCCGUAGAGGGGAUUAUGUGAGGGUAAUGCCCAAAACCUGGAAAGGUGUGGUGGCUGACAAAGGCUACUUGGAGAAAGCCAUGGACUACUUCAGAAAGAAGUACCUCAAUCCCAUCUUUGUGGUCACCAGCAAUGGGAUGGAGUGGUGCAAGAAGAACAUUAAUGCCUCCAGAGGGGAUGUUUACUUUGCUGGGGAUGGGAAAGAAGCCUCCCCAGGAAGGGAUUUUGCUCUCCUUACUCAUUGUAACCACACAAUCAUGACCAUUGGGACUUUCGGCAUCUGGGCUGCCUACCUAGCAGGUGGAGAGGCUGUUUAUUUAGCCAAUUAUACCUUACCAGACUCUCCGUUUCUCAAGAUCUUCAAACCCUCUGCAGCCUUCUUACCUGAGUGGAUUGGGAUCCCAGCCAAUCUUUCUCCAUUGCUGCCCAAAUAAUCCGUAAAUCCUAAAAUCCAUAAUUAUCUGUCCACUCAUAAGGUCAAGUAGAGC